UUUGUACAAGCAGGUAUUUUAAAAAUCCCAUUAUAUUAUUAAUAGAAACACGUCGUCUUACCCCGAGAUGACUGUUUCUCACAUUUUCUGAACACGAUCACUCCGAUAUUGUGCUUUGUUUGUAUUUUUAUUUCGGAAGGAGUGUUGUUAUUACGCAUGCUAUUUAAAGCUCUGAGUUAUUCUCUGCACUACUUUCGCAAGGUGGCUUUUGUAUCAUUAAAUGAUGGAGGGAUCUGCUUGCACCGUAGUUAUCACGGAUCUUGGAUACAACAUUAUUCAAGCUGAUCUGGAGAAGAGAUUUAAGAAAGUCGGGAAUAUUCUGGGUAGCGAGGUGAAGCCCGACAAGGGUACUGGUAUCGUGGUGUUCAAAAGCCCAGAUGAGGCUCUCAGGGCCAUUCAACAGCUCAAUGAUCAUGAACACGAGCAAAAUAGCGGUGAGAUGAUGGUCCAGUCUGCUGAGACAUUCUACAGGGAGCAGACCAAGAAAACGGAUGGGGACUUGAACGACCUGGUGCAUAAGGCUGAAAAGUAUUACACUACACUGCCACGAACGAAAGAUAAUAUUCAGUUCGAGAAUAACAGGGCUUGGCAAGUUUGGAAGAUGGAGGAGGUGAGGACCCGGGGAGGCGGAGGAGGGAUAGGUGGUCAGGGUGGAGGGACGGGGCUUUUUAAGGGUCAGGACGGGCAACCCGGUGAGAGCGGAUCCGGUGGCAAAGGUGGUGAAGCGGGGAAAGGAGGUGGGGCGAGAGGUCAGGGUGGAGGGAUCGGGCUUUUUAAGGGCCAGGACGGGCAGCCCGGUGAGAGCGGACGCGGUGGUAAAGGUGGUGAAGGGGGGGAAGGAGGUGGGGCGGGAGGUCAGGGUGGAGGGACGGGGCUUUUUAAGGGUCAGGACGGGCAACCCGGUGAGAGCGGACCCGGUGGCAAAGGUGGUGAAGGGGGGAAAGGAGGUGGGGCGAGAGGUCAGGGUGGUGGGACCGGGCUUUUUAAGGGCCAAGACGGGCAGCCCGGUGAGAGCGGACGCGGUGGCAAAGGUGGCGAAGGGGGCAAAGGAGGUGGGGCGAGAGGUCAGGGUGGAGGGACGGGGCUUUUUAAGGGCCAGGACGGGCAGCCAGGCGAGAGCGGACCCGGUGGCAAAGGCGGCGAAGGGGGCAAGGGAGGUGGAAGGAUAAUGGAUAACAUCAGAUCCUGGUGGUCUGGUGACAAUACCUUGCACACACAGGCUGGGACCGCAACAAGUGAUCACACAACGCCCCAUAAUUCAACGAAAGGGAUCGGAGCAGAGGGUGAAGAAGUGAAACUUGGGUAAACUGUGGACAGGGAAGGAGCGGAGGAGAAAGCUCGACGUACGAACUAGGACGUACGAUUUUGGGACAUGUCUAGUUGUCCUUAAAAUGGUCAAAUGGCGACGUUCAUAACCAAUAUCUCAUUCAGACUCUAAAAAAGGUUUAAUUGCAUUUUUUUUUGUUUAAAUUGAUUGUUGUUUUCAAUAAAAUACGUUCACACAGGCUAACUUCAAUAUUUAUAGAAUGUUAAGGGUAUUCAUUUUAAACUCAAUAGACGUGUUUUAAAUGCUUUGCCUAUGCUUUGAACUAUUAUUUCCCGUUUUCAAACAACUUUGUUCACCAGAUUCAAACACAACUAGAUAUUAGUUAUUAAAAAAAAUUCAAGCAAUGGUGAACAUAGUUUAUGAAUCAAUACUCUUAUCCUAUAUUAAGAGGUUACUACCAGUGAUGUUUAUCAUAAAAAAUGUUAAAUAAAAAAGCAAAAUGAA